AUGGACACUGCUGAAGAAUACAGUACUCCUGAUAAAAGAGUGUUGCUGAACGGAGCGUUGAAUCAGAGUGAUUCUGCUAUGGUUGAAUCUCCGAAAAUGACGAAUAUCCAUGCUUUUAUCGAUAACGACGACGUGAAGAAGGCGCAACAGAUAAUGCAGCAGACAUUUCACGAUGGCCAGUAUACGGAGUAUGCGAAUUGGCUUGGAUUGCAGGAGAACAGAUGCGUUUUGAAGGAGUUUUUGAACUUGGUACGACCUUGGCCAUUGUCGUUGUAUCUCUCUCUUUGCAAGUUGUCCAGGUGUCUUUAUUUGAUUGCCGAGGCAGGUCCACUCGACAGCAUUUUGGAGGAGCUUUCGAUGCAGUGGAUGGAGGAACACGGGGAAGAUGCUCCGUACUUCCAGGGGAACUAUAAGGUCUGCCAUAUCAUUUUGUUUUCACUCUUGAUUUUGAACUCGGAUUUACACAACGAGUCCUUCGACUACAAGUUUACGGCAGACCAGUUCGUUGAAAACACGAUAUACGCCGUCAACUACGAGAUGAAAGAAGGAGAUGUCAAGGCAGAUGAGCAACUGAUGAAACGCGAUCUCGCGGCGUAUUUUGUCGAUGUGACAAACGCGCCUUUGCCCUUAUGUCCACGCAGGAAUACCAGUGUCCUGUCGAAUGGAAAAUCGAAUGGGAACGGUAAUGGUGCCGCCAUUGCGAGCCGUGUCGUUAGUGGUGAGCGCGAUACCACCUCCACAGUAGGUCACAGCAAUAAUAUGUCGCCUCCAAGAGACAACGUUUCCUUGGCUCCUACUUCCCACGGCCGCUCCUCACUUUCUGUCUCACGCAAAACGUCCAUUUUUUCGCUAAGACCCGGAAGCUCAAUCCUCGAAAGAACAAUGACCGGCCAAUCCACCAUGUCUAGCGCCUCUGAGUUCUCUCAACACGUGGACCCUACUCAGUUUUACGUACAGGAACCCCAAGACGAAUUCUACGGCCAGCAAAACGACUCUCUAUGGCUUGUGGACCACGAAUUGAACUUCAAGGCCACCAAAGCAAACCAGUUUACCCCACCAACACACGAGAAACACCCUAAUAAUGGCUCCAGCCACAUCAUAAUGAGGUUCUUUAAGAAAAAUCACAGCCCAAGUUUGAGCCAUCAGCACCAACGCAUUCAAAACGCGAAUAAAAAGAUGCAAAGGACAAGAGCAGUGGUGCGAAUGGGGAGCCUCGAGCUCCAUUUGCCAAAGCAAAAGAACAAAUUCCGCAACCACACUUAUCCCUCUUCUGUUCUGAAGGGCCGCAGUGCAGAUGAAACAGUACAAAAACUGAAUCUCUUUGGCGCAUUUGCAGAGCCUAUCGGAGAAACCGUCAUCGAGUUGGGCGGUACUUCAAAGCCUAAAUGUUUCCAAAUAACGCUUUCUGAAGACCAGCACUACAAAAACCUCGUUUUCGAAUGUGCAACGCCUUUGCAAUGCGAAGUUUACAUCGACAGUAUCAACUUUUGGGCUAGCAGAAUAACUCCAACGCCAAACUCCCAGUUUGAGAUGGUCUCAAACCAGGAGUACGGGUGGUCCGAAAAAUUGCUUAACGAGUUCAAGGCAAACCCAAAGGCUUUCGAACCAACCAAAAAAGGAAUCAGAGUCUUCAAAUGGGAACCUCUCUAUGGAGUAGACUCUCUAUAUACUAAUUUCAACGCGCAAGAAUCCGGUAAGCUACAGAUGGACUCCCAAUUGCUCGAUUGGCAGAUUUUCGUAUCAAAACUGCGUGACUGGAUCGACGAGCACAACAACCUAAAACCCACAUUAGUUGAUAUGUGGUCGCACUCACCGUAUUUCGAACUGGUCAUGGAUAACUGGAACGCUAGGUAUUUGUUCUUGAACAAACAGUACCACAAGCAUAAUGAAUAUCUGACUGUACUUAAGAAGGCUUACGAGUUGACGAACGAAACCGACAACGAAACACAUGAAAUUUGUACGUAG